AUGACAGACACUGUAAUGGAAGUCGACAAUCCUGGGGCUGCCAUUCAGCAGCUCCAGUCAGGCGAAAUUGACGAAUCGCUAUACAGCAGGCAACUUUACGUGCUAGGACAUGAGGCUAUGAAACGCAUGGGCUCUUCCAAUGUUCUCAUUGUUGGCCUGAAAGGUCUGGGUGUUGAAAUUGCAAAGAACAUUGCACUUGCUGGCGUCAAGUCGCUUACACUCUUCGACCCUAAGCCGGUAGCGAUUGCGGACCUAUCUUCACAAUUUUUCUUGCGUACGGAAGAUGUUGGCAAACCUCGCGCCGAGGUUACUGCUCCGCGGGUUGCAGAACUGAACUCCUACACUCCUGUCUCCGUUCACCAAUCGCAGUCCUUGACCGACGAUCUUGAACAACUCAAGAAGUAUCAAGCCAUCGUGCUGACAACCACGUCUCUCAAAGAUCAACUGGCUAUUGGAGACUUCUGCCACAAAAACGGAAUCUACCUGACCGUAGCAGAUACCUUCGGUUUGUUCGGCUACAUUUUCAACGACUUUGGAAAGGACUUCACCGUGGGAGAUGUCACAGGCGAGAACCCAAUCAGUGGUAUCAUCGCAGAUAUUGAUGAGACUGGCCUAGUUUCUGCCCUUGAUGAAACUCGUCACGGCUUGGAAGACGGUGACUACGUCGAGUUCGCUGAGGUCAAAGGUCUGGAAGGUCUGAACGGCGCCGCUCCCCGCAAAAUCACGGUGAAGGGUCCAUACUCCUUCUCAAUUGGAGACAUCUCUGGUUUAGGCAAAUACGAAGGAGGUGGUCUUUUCGCUCAGGUCAAGAUGCCAAAAGUGCUUCAAUUCGAAUCACUUUCUGAUCAGCUUAAGAAGCCCGAAGUAUUGAUCUCUGAUUAUGCCAAGUUCGAUCGUCCUGCGCAGCUUCAUGUUGGUAUCCAAGCUCUGCACGCCUUUGCUGAAAAUCACAAGGGGGCACUUCCAAGACCACACAAUGAUGAGGACGCAAAGGAGGUGCUGGAAUUGACGAAGAAACUUGCAAAGGACAGCGCCGAAGAAAUCGAAAUCAGCGAUAAGCUAAUCACAGAGCUCAGUUAUCAAGCACAGGGCGACAUAAGCUCUAUGGCGGCUUUUUUUGGAGGCCUUACAGCACAAGAAGUUCUCAAGGCAGUUUCCGGCAAAUUUACUCCCGUCAAGCAGUGGCUCUUUUUUGAUUCUCUCGAAUCCCUUCCUACUUCAGUAGGACGCAGCGAAGAGCUGUGCAAACCUCUGGGAUCACGGUACGAUGGUCAAAUUGCUGUCUUCGGCAAAGAAUAUCAAGAAAAGAUCUCGAACGUCAGAAACUUCCUGGUUGGCGCUGGCGCCAUUGGUUGUGAGAUGUUGAAGAACUACGCUAUGAUCGGUCUCGGAACUGGUCCUAAGGGCCAUAUCACAGUCACCGACAAUGAUUCGAUCGAAAAGAGCAAUCUCAAUCGUCAAUUCCUCUUCCGACCCAAAGAUGUUGGAAGACAGAAGAGCGAAUGUGCAGCUGCUGCGGUCCAAGCCAUGAACCCCGACCUCAAAGGAAAGAUUACUCACAUGACCGAUAGAAUUGGACCGGACAGUGAAGACAUCUUCAACGAACAAUUCUGGAAUGAACUUGAUAUUGUCACCAAUGCUCUGGACAAUGUUGAGGCUCGCACAUAUGUCGAUCGUCGCUGUGUCUUUUUCAUGAAGCCUCUACUUGAAAGUGGUACUCUAGGAACGAAGGGCAACACGCAGGUCAUCCUGCCCCGCCUUACCGAGUCUUACUCAAGUUCUCAAGAUCCUCCAGAGCAAUCGUUCCCAAUGUGUACGCUUCGAAGCUUCCCCAACAAGAUCGAGCACACCAUCGCCUGGGCUCGAGACUUGUUUCAGUCAUACUUUGUGGGACCGCCAGAAACUGUGAACUUGUACAUCACGCAACCAGACUACAUCGAAACCACGUUGAAGCAACAAGGCAACGAAAAAAUGAUUCUGGAGAGUCUCCGUGACUACUUAGUUACCGAAAAGCCAAGCGACUUCAACGACUGCAUCGUAUGGGCCCGGAUGAAGUUCCAGAAGGAAUACCACAAUGCAAUUGCACAGCUGUUGUACAAUUUCCCCAAAGACUCUAAGACAUCGACAGGCGCUGAUUUCUGGUCUGGCCCGAAACGUGCUCCUACUCCUCUAGAGUUCGACCCCUACGACACAACACACAUGGGCUUCGUUGUGGCCGCUGCCGCUCUCCAUGCUUACAACUAUGGGAUCGAGGUACCAAAGAUCUCACAUGAAGACUAUGUCAAGGUCCUUAGUAGCAUGAUCGUUCCGGAGUUCAAGCCCGAUGCAAAUGUCAAGAUCCAGGCGGACGAGAAAGAACCUGAUCCAAAUGCCAAUCAGCCAAGUUUUGCUGAUGACGCCGAAGAACUCAACAAGAUUAUUGCUGAGCUACCGUCCCCUGCAAUCAUCCCAACCUUCCGGCUCAAUGUUGUGGAGUUCGAGAAAGAUGAUGAUACAAACCACCAUAUCGAUUUCAUCACAGCCGCUAGCAACCUUCGGGCCAUGAACUACAGCAUUCCAGUUGCUGAUCGCCACAAGACCAAGUUUAUUGCAGGGAAAAUCAUCCCCGCCAUCGCCACAACGACGGCUCUGGUCACAGGACUUGUCGUCCUCGAGCUGUACAAGAUCAUCGACGGAAAGACGGAUAUUGAGCAGUACAAGAAUGGAUUUGUCAAUCUUGCAUUGCCGUUCUUCGGUUUCAGUGAGCCUAUUGCGAGCCCGAAGGGCAAAUACCAGGGCAAAGAUGGCGAAGUCACGAUUGACAAGCUAUGGGACCGCUUCGAGAUUGAGGACAUUACUUUGACUGAAUUCCUGGCGCACUUUGAUUCUCUGGGGCUGAGCGUCACCAUGGUCAGUUCUGGUGUGAGCUUGCUGUAUGCGAGCUUCUACCCCCCGAACAAGACCAAGGAUCGUCUGCCAUUGAAGAUGAGCAAAUUACUGGAGACCAUCAGCAAGAAGCCCAUCCCGGACCACCAGAAGAACAUCAUUUUCGAGAUCACGGCAGAGGAUACCAGCGAGGAGGAUGUAGAGGUCCCGUAUGUCAUGGUCAAGUACAGACAUUAG